AUGGCUGAAAGCAGAGAUGAGACAGCGGCAGAGAGCGCCCCGUCCAAUGGCCGCUUUACCAUCCGCUCCUUGAUCAGCACUGAGGAGAGCACCAAAUCUCAGUAUGGACAGCAAGAAACCCCAUAUGAUACCUUCAACCCCAACAACCUCACCCAUUCCAAUACCUUUUACAUGAGGACGUUUGGAUACAAUACCCUUGAUGCCGUCCCAAACUAUGAUCACUAUGCAAAUACCGAGAUGCCUGGAUGGGUGAAAAAAGCCAGGCCAACUUUAGAGGACCUUCACUCCAUCUUAAAGCAAGAUCAUCUGCAGCCUCCAGUGUAUGAAACCAGUAACGACUCUCCCGAUGGAGAAGCCGAGAACGUGGUGGAGAAACCAUCAUGGGAACCCAUCAGAUUUGGGUGGAUAAAAGGAGUAAUGAUCCGCUGCAUGCUGAAUAUAUGGGGAGUGAUUCUUUACCUCCGACUGCCUUGGAUAACAGCUCAGGCCGGCAUAGCGCUCACCUGGCUUAUAAUCCUCAUGUCUGUAACGGUCACCAGCAUCACAGGGUUGUCCAUCUCGGCCAUUUCCACCAACGGGAAGGUCAAAUCAGGCGGAACCUAUUUCCUUAUAUCUAGAAGUCUGGGACCAGAGCUGGGAGGAUCCAUUGGACUCAUAUUUGCAUUUGCUAAUGCUGUUGCAGUCGCCAUGCAUACCGUUGGUUUUGCAGAGACGGUUCGGGAUCUAAUGCAGGAAAACGGUGCAACCAUUGUAGAUCCUUCUAAUGACAUCCGAAUUGUUGGCAUCAUUACUGUGGCGAUCUUAUUAGGAAUUUCACUAGCUGGCAUGGAGUGGGAGGCUAAGGCUCAGGUUCUUUUCUUCAUUGUGAUUAUGGUGUCAUUUGUAAACUAUUUGGUCGGGACAGUGAUUCCGGCCACAGACGAGAAAAAAGCCAAAGGUUUCUUCAGCUACAGAGCUGACAUCUUUGCCGAAAAUUUUGUGCCUCAGUGGAGGGGCCCGGACGGCAGCUUCUUUGGAAUGUUCUCCAUUUUCUUUCCCUCCGCCACUGGGAUUCUAGCUGGAGCGAACAUCUCUGGAGAUCUAAAGGACCCAGCCGUGGCUAUUCCUAAAGGCACUCUGAUGGCCAUCUUCUGGACGACCGUCUCUUAUCUGAUUAUAUCUGCCACUAUCGGCUCCUGUGUGGUUCGAGACGCCUCCGGCAGUAUAAAUGACACCAUUAUUGAGGGAGGCACCAACUGUGUUGGGCUGGCAUGUGACUACGGAUGGAACUUCACCAGCUGCGCCCUUAAACAGAACUGUAAAUACGGGCUGAUAAAUUAUUACCAGGCUAUGAGCAUGGUAUCUGGAUUUGCUCCCCUUGUUACUGCUGGGAUUUUUGGGGCCACUCUGUCCUCUGCUUUGGCUUGUCUUGUCUCAGCCCCUAAAGUAUUUCAGUGUCUCUGUAAGGACAAUUUGUACCCGUUGAUCGGCUUCUUUGGGAAAGGAUAUGGGAAGAACAAUGAGCCAAUUCGUGGAUACCUUCUAACUUUUCUCAUCGCAAGCGCAUUCAUUCUGAUUGGUGAACUGAACACCAUUGCUCCCAUCAUCUCGAAUUUCUUUCUGUGUUCCUAUGCUCUGAUUAAUUUCAGUUGUUUCCAUGCAUCGAUCACUAAUUCACCAGGAUGGAGACCUUCAUUUAAGUAUUACAAUAAAUGGGCCUCCUUGUUUGGAGCAGUCAUUUCUGUCGUCAUCAUGUUCCUCCUGGCCUGGGAGUGCGCCCUGAUUGCUAUUGGCAUUGUCAUCUUUCUAUUGGCGUACGUCCUGUACAAGAAGCCUGAGGCAAACUGGGGCUCCUCUGUGCAGGCAGGAUCCUAUAACAUGGCUCUGUCUUACUGUGUGGGGCUUAACCAAGUGGAGGAUCACAUCAAAAAUUUCAGACCACAGUGUUUAGUCCUGACAGGACCUCCAAAUUUCCGGCCAGCUCUGGUGGAUUUUGUAGGAACAUUUACAAAAAAGCAAAGCCUAAUGAUCUGUGGGAACGUAAUCAUUGGCCCACGGAAACAAAAACUCCAAGAGCUGAACUCAGACGGCCAUGUCAAGUGGCUAAAUAAGAGAAAGAUUAGAGCCUUUUACACGGGACUGAUCGCUGAUGACCUACGCAGCGGGGCCCAGAUGCUCAUUCAGGCUUCUGGGAUCGGUUACAUGAAACCAAAUGUCCUGUUUUUAGGAUAUAAGAAGAACUGGCAAUCAUCUCACCCAAGAAAUGUGGAAAGUUAUGUGGCCAUCCUGCAUGAUGCUUUUGACUUUAACUGUGGAUUGUGCCUGCUGAGGAUGAAGGAGGGUCUGAACAUGUCCCGUGUCAUGCAAGCUCACAUAAAUCCUGCCUACGAGCAAAUGGAGGAACCAGCACUGAAAACUGCUGCUGAGAACGGAGCAGACUGCAUGCCUCAAGGAACAUUGGACCCAGAAGCUCUCACAGUCGAGCAGCAGGCCAGCACCAUUUUCCAGAUUAACCAAACAAAAAAGACCAUAGAUAUUUACUGGCUCUUUGAUGAUGGAGGACUGACGCUACUGAUCCCCUACCUUCUGACCCGGAAAAAGAGAUGGGAGAAAGUUAAAAUCCGAGUUUUUGUGGGAGGACAGAUCAACAGGAUGGAUGAAGAGCGUAAAGCGAUGAUCUCUUUGUUGAGUAAGUUCAGAAUUGGAUUUCAUGAGGUGCAUGUCCUACCAGAUAUCAACCAGAAACCACGGCCUGAACAUGUGAAGCGGUUUGAAGAUCUCAUCGCUCCGUACAUGCUGAACGACGGCUUCAAAGAUGAGGUCCUGGUAAACGAGAUGAGACGCGACUGUCCAUGGAAGAUAUCAGAUGAGGAAAUCAAGAGGAACAGGGCCAAGUCUUUGAGACAAAUCCGAUUGAACGAGAUCCUUCAGGAUUACUCCCGGGAUGCUGCACUGGUUGUCGUAGCAAUGCCCGUUGCCAGAAAAGGUAAAUGUCCCAGUUCUCUAUACAUGGCCUGGCUGGAGACCCUGUCCCAAGACCUGAGACCACCAGUUCUUCUAGUUAGAGGAAACCAGAAGAAUGUCCUAACCAUGUACUGCCAGUAAGAAGAGGUCCCAUACCAGACUCGCAAGAUGAGCAUUGCCUACAACAACUAACACCUUGCUUCGUCCUCGGCCUCUACCUGCCCCGUGCCUGCAUACUAAAUUAGUGCCAUUCCCACCGUAUAUUAAUAUUUUGUUAAAAAUGACCUAUUGUUUAAAUGAAUGUUUUAUGUUCAACAUAUUUAUAAUUUUCCAUGUCACGAUCUAUAUUUGGAAAAAAAGAUCCUAAAAUCCUGCAAGCCUAAUAAUAGGCUGACAAUUCCCGUUCUGUAGAGGUCACUUUUCAGCAGUCAUCUCAUCAUCACCAGAGGCAGGAUUACAAUGACAGAUAACACCUAUGUAUAGAUAGCACAGGGACCACCAUUUACAAUAGGGGAUGAUCACAGCUUAUCUACUCCCCCUACCUCCACAGUGACCUCUGCACAGGUCACGGACACAUGGCUAGAAGUCAAUGAACAUCUCCAGCCUAUUCUACCUACGGUCCAUGUGGCUAAUGGAAAGUAGAUGUCUAAAUGCUGUUCAGAACAGCUCGGGCAAGAUGGCCGCCCCCCAAAACAAUGUGCAGAAAACUGACUGAAGAAAUCUACCAUUCUACAAAAAAGGAAUAUGUAGAAGUAUCGGGUUUCCAUUAGUAGGUAUCGCCUUUAAAAUAGUUACACUAAAAGCCUAUGAUGAGAAAAGAAAGUAUAAAAUUUAAAAUUACAAGCAAUAUAAUAAAAACAUAUAUAUAAUAAAUGAAAAGUAAUACUAUGCACAUUAAAUGAACACUAUAUGUAAAAGAUAAACUAACUGUAAAAUACUAGCAGACCCCAAUUUUUUUUACUUUUAUAUCAGACUAUUUAUUUUAUAGUGAAUGGGACCCCGGGGAACAAGCAAAGUAGAGACGUCCUUGCCAUUUUGGGGCAGUUUUUGUCAUACUAGUGCUCACAGUCAUUCAGCUCCCAAAUAGCCACAUAUAACGUGAUUAAUGCUACCAUAUAGUGCCCACGUAAUUGCCAUAUAGCUCCAGUCCUGUCCACGGGGGUCCUGAGCAAUUGCCUUCCCCAAAAAAUAGUGCUGCAAAGAGGUGCACCUUAAUAUAUUAGCUAUAGUCAUUUUAAAAAACUUUCCUAGGAUAAGGCCAAGUAGCGGCUGCAGUAGAGCCGAUAUCCAAAAAUACCA